AUGUUACUUCUGGUGUAUCUGCCGUUUGGGAUGUUGCUGUUUUCGGUCAGAGUCAUCUAUUCCAUUGAAGUGUACAUACUUUCUUGUAUUUUGCCAAAAGACUCUAUUUUCAGACAGUAUCUUCUAAGGCCAAUGAGCAUAAUUAUGGGAAUUUUCAUAAGAACAGAACAAAGUCAAUCUGACGAGUCUGAUGUGAAAAUAGUUGUAGCAAACUACACAACACAUUUCGAUCAUGCCGUUAUGCAAUUGGUCCAUCCUUAUCAUAUGGUGUCCACAUGGAACCUUUCAGAAGUGACGUUAUGGUUGUUUGGCUACAACGACAUGGGGGCUAAGCAGGGGAAGGAGGUGCUCAUCAGAAACACUAAGAAGUAUCUGAAAGAUGCAAGCGUACCUCUUUUGAUAUUUCCUGAAGGUGAAACCACUAAUGGCAAGUGUGGUCUUCUCAAGUUCAGUGCCUGGCCGUUUUCCUUAGAAAAUAAAGUUCAACCUGUUGCCAUAAAAGUUCAGAGGCCGUUGUUUAAUGUCCCGCUGUCUCUCGUCCACAGCAAUGUUGUUAGUGACAUCUUCUGGCUCCUCUUUUUUCCGAUCACCAUCUUCCAUCUCAGUUAUUUACCUGUUCAACAAAUCGGUGAUGAUGAAGAUUCUGAUGAAUUCAGCAAGCGAGUUCAGAAGAUGAUAGCCCGCAAGCUGAACAUGCAAGCAACCAACUAUACGCAUGCAGACAAGCUGGAACUUGUCAAGAAAAUUGCUGCUAAUAAGAAUAAAAAUAUUAAUGAUAGACCUCCCGUCAAACAGAGCAGGGAUUCGCUAGAUCAUAUGACCAAACAGGUGAUGAAUGUUCUGCCGCACGUCAGUGAUCACGUCAUCAGGAAUGAUCUUGCUUUAACUAAGGAUGUUGAACUGACGAUAUCCAAUAUUUUGGAGGGGAAAAUUUGCCAGGAACAAGAUUUCUUGCAGCCAGAAAAGCAAAAUACUCAGCAACAAAAUUUCAAUAAGUCUUCCAGCCACGUCAACCCUGUCGAUCCUCAAUUGAAAAUCUCAAAUAAAUCACCCAUCAAUGUCAGUAUAGUUAUCUGUUCCAAUAUUUUGUCAAACGAGUAUCUCAUAAAUUUAUUAACCUUUCGUCUUCUGUUUUUAUUGAACUUUAAUUUGUUUUUAUUAUAUGGAUAA